UCGUGACUCAUGCGCCGUCUGCUGCGUUACCCCACGAGAACUGGGCGAACUCAGGAUGGCUCUCAACUACGACGGGAUGAACGGGUCAGAAAUGGACACUUCAGACUCGAGAAAAAGGCCUUUGGACGGGGAAACAGAAAAUGGGGUCACCAAGAGAUCGAACCAAGGAGGAGGAGAAAACAUCCAUCUCAAAAUCCUCGUGCCCAGUAUAGCAGCAGGAGCCAUCAUUGGAAAAGGUGGGGAAACCAUUGCCCAAGUCCAGAAAGAGGCCGGAGCCCGUGUAAAAAUGUCCAAGGCAAAUGAUUUCUAUCCAGGAACAACAGAAAGAGUGUGCCUCAUCAUGGGUCCCGUCGAUGCUGUUCGUAGAGUUCACAAUUUCAUAAUGGAAAAAAUCCGGGAAAAACCAGACCCCAACCCCAAACUUGACGAAACCAAGACCACAUUCGAGAGACAUCGUCAGGUGAAAAUCCUUGUACCAAACAGCACAGCUGGGAUGAUUAUAGGAAAGGCUGGAAACUUUAUCAAGCAAAUUAAGGAAGAAAGUGGAGCUUAUGUGCAGAUUUCUCAAAAGUCUAAGGAAACUAACUUACCUGAGCGUUGUGUGACGGUAGCAGGUGACUUAGAAUCUAACCGAAAAGCCAUGGAUAUGAUUCUACAGAAGAUUGUUGAAGAUCCACAAAGUGGAAGUUGUCCCAAUAUUAGCUAUGCAGAUUAUACGGGUCCCGUUGCCAGUGCCAAUCCAACUGGUUCACCAUUUGCUAACACCACGUUCAUACAGAACCGCAGUCCAGAGAUGGCUAUUAGUAACAAUAACUUCGCUGGCGGAGGGUUCGGUUUCGGGGUGAACGGAAACGCACCUGCGGGGUUCAACAACAAUGUUGGUGUAAACUUCAACUUGAACGCUGCUGCCGUUGCAGGAGGUGGGGCCAUGUCUGGUGCUGCCAUAGACAACCUAAAGCUGACACUUCGCAACAGUGGCUUCACUGAUCAGGCUACCGAGGAGAUCAGUGCAGCCAUGAGCACACUAGCAAAUUAUGGAAUUCUGGGUAUGGGCCUUGGAAUAGGUGCGUUAGGAAAUAUCGCCCCAUCUAACCUUGGUGGAGCGACUGGCCUUGGUGGACUGAGUUUGGGCACGCCUACUAUCGGAGCCACAAGCAUGAUGGCUAGCUCUACUACAACAACUAGCAGUGUAUCAAAUGCUUUCCUUAACACUAGUAAUAACUCAACUAGUGCCACAAGCCUAUUUGGUCCAGUUGGAAGCGGCUCCUCUGGACUUGGUAGUUCCGGUUCUACUGGGGCCAGCUCUAGUCUGUUUGGGAGCUCUUCCCCCAGUAUAGGCAAUGAGAGGUAUGGGAGCAGCCCUAUGUUAAAUGAUUCCUUCACUAGCACAGUCAAUUAUCAAAAUGCUGCCCCAUUUUCAACUGGAGAUAGAUCACCGAAUAUGAACCAAAAUUCUUUUGGACUUGGAACAGGGAUGUACAGUCCAACUGAUGAUAAAGCAGCUGGAACCACCAAACAGGAAAUCGAAGUGUCCGAGAGUAUUGUGGGUGCAAUACUUGGACCAGGAGGAAAAGGAAUAGUUGAAAUUCAGCAGUUUACUGGAAGUAAUAUUCAAAUCUCCAAAAAGGGAGUGUAUGCCCCUGGCACCCGUAACCGCAUAGUCUCCAUCACUGGAACGCCAUCCAAUAUCACCAAAGCACAGUACAUGAUCCAACAGCGUAUUCAGCAGGAGGAAUUCAAGAGAGCUCGCCAAGCUUCAGCUCGUUAGUCGUCUCGCGAUCAUCUGUGGGGACUAUAGAUAUCUAUCAUGGCGACUGUAAGUUUGAUGCCUUUGUUUUACCCCUACAUGGCAUAAUGGCCCCAAGUGAUUUAUUUGCAUUCAAGUGAUUUCUUGUACAUUGGCAUUGCAUGUUCAUCCCACUAUAUCCAACACCACACAUCGAUUGAACUUUAUCUGUUUCCGCCAUUAGACUUCUGUAUAUACCAAUCAAUCCGAUCUCAGCCGUGUCGUUUUUCACAGACUUAAACUCAAUCAACUCACAGACUGAUAAGAAAACUCUCAUAAUGCUCUCAUCGUUACCAAGCCGAUGAAACCUUGCCCAACUUCAGAGAAGUAUGUUAGAUGCAUAUUGGACUAUCGGCUGCUUUCGUUUUAUCGAUUACACCAACACAUUCGGGACAUGCUGUCCAUUGGUCAUGGAAUGUCAUCCAGGUGGUGUUUUUAUUAGACUUUUCAAGCAUACUCUCCACUUUCCAAAACAAGCCUUUCAUAGAAAGGUAUUCUAUAUUAUAAUAGUUAUACUAUCACAUUUAUCAUGCAACAGAAAUUGUAUUAUAUAUACAUGUGUACCUAAAUGGAUUAUUGUAUGAUGUACAAAAGCUACUGUUUUAGUCAAAUGAUUGUUAUUAUUUAACUCAAGUUGUUAACCACGUUUCAUGUACAUGAUCUAAUCACUGGUAAACUGUAAUUAAGAAGGAGUCAUAUUUAUUUUGAACCAUGGACAGAAGUUAUGUAGAGUCAUUGUUUCCUUAAUAGCAUGAAUUCAUUGUGUGCGUUGUAACCAGGGAAGAGUGUUUUCCAACUGAACGGGUAUACUUUCUUCCACUCGCCUUAUUCUUUUCUUUCAUUUCUUUUUUUUUUUUUUCAUCCGUUCUUUAAUCCUUCUGUGUGGAGUUGUUAAGAGUUGGAAAAGGUUUCUGUGUGUCUGUCAUGUAGUUCAUUCUUUCUCCUCUGUCGCUCUUCUCUCACUUCCUCUCACUCUUUGCCUGGUAUCAUAUAACUGCAUGUUGUGCAAGCAGCUGGUGAUUUCACCUUACUAUCUGUUUCCUGUCUCUGACUCAUGGAUGGAUAGGCCACGCAUUUUUACCAUGAGAUCUGCAGUUGUCAUAGCCCGAUGUCUUUCCUCAUUAAGGUGGAAUCUUCUGUGUGGAGGCUGGAAGAGGCACCUUUAUGCCAACUCGGAUGUAAUACGCGUUGGCAGAGUUACACUGGGAUCGUGGUCGUGAAUGAACGAGAUGAUAAUCCUCCUACCUUUUCGCCACCAUAUUGUUUUUCCAGUCUGAUUUGUGAUAUUGUAAUAUAUAUAAUGUUAUUGUAUACAUUAGUCGUAGAAAUACCCCAGAUAUGUGGUACCUUAUUUUUGGAAAAGAUAUUGCAGUGGCUGGAAGUUACAAGGAUUAUGGUUCGUUCAUAAGGUGGGCUUUCUGAAAACCUCUCUUGAAAAUGAGUACAUAAGAUGGAGAGUUCAUCUGGAAUUUUUUUUGCCAGUUUCGAAACAUGGCUCAUUGAAAGACUAACUUUGUACUGCAGCAGACGGAAACCCAACCAAAGCAAUAUAUCAGUUGCUGUCCUUAACCAGUAUUCAUAGACUUGUUAUGUGUUCUGGAAUUAUUAUUGUGCAUGAGGGUGGUGAGUUGACACGUUUUAGUCGUUAUUAUGUAGUUUAAUUUGCACAUAACACUGUCUAGGGAGCGGUUCCAAAUUUAUUGUCAUAAUAUUCACCAAGAAAAAAGGAGCAUCUAGAUUUUAAGCAUAACAAGAAAGAGAAAGAGACAGAUUUUGUUUUAUUUGUAGUGUUCCCUCCAUUUGGUUUUACUGGAAGAAAAUUGACAGAGGAAAACGUUACUUUGAAUUAGUUUGGGUGGAAAUUUGUUUUGAUUGGUUAUGGUAAUUUUAAAACAUUUUGAUGUUUUUGGAUGGCAUGUGCAGAUGGUAUUUUGUGGGCUUUUUUAAUCACUGUUUUAAUGUAUCACUCUUUGCUGGUGUGGACACCAAGUUGCCAAUUUGCCGUUUGACCUGAGUUGUUGUUCAGCCACUGAUUGUGGCUUUUAUUUAUUAAAUUGGUUAAUGAUUUGUUGGUUCAGAAUUGGGAAUUGUGUGGUAGGUUUAACUAAAGGGAGGGAACCCUAUUUAUUUAUUUUUUUCCUGCGUGUUGGUCAGGGGAGGCUCUCUACAUUAUGUACUCUCUCUCCUGUUAUAGCUUUUUAUUUGGUACAUAAACGUACACAAGACGUGCACAUGGUUGUGCCUUGGUAUUUGCCACAGUGUGUGACAUCAAUGAAAUUCAAAUGUCGAUAGCAGGGAACAGACUGCCUAUUUAUUCAUUAUGUAGGGACAAACAUGAAAUAUACAUGUUCAGGUCCAUCAAUUUCUAAGAUGCAUGCAUUAUAAUUAUAUACAUAUAUAUAUUGUCAAAAGCAUCGUCAGUUCAUGGCUACAGAUUUUACCUAUAUAUUUUAUUUGAAGAUUGUUAUUUAUUUUUUAAUUCAUACCUUGCUUGCUAGGAAGUAACAUUUAGUACGUUUCAUUGUCUUCAUUUGCUGUUGUAUCAUGAAUUGGCUGUCUGUUACCUGCAGUGUUGACAAGUUGCCAUCACUCGCUGUCAUUGUUACAACUUAAAGGGGCUGUGUUCAGACGAAGCCCAGGUGUCAUUUUCCUAGACUUUAAUUAUUUAUAAUACAUUUCAUACAUUGUUCAUGAGAAAUACCACCUAUUUAUUAAAAUCUGCUUACAAGCUGUCACAUCGUCCUUUCUCGGGCAUACAGAGCACAAUAUAUUUACUUACAGAACAUUUGACAUGGUUGAAGCACUAUACAUAACACAUAAACAUUCUUUAAUUUUCAGUGUUUGAUUGUAAAUUAUCAUCAAAGAUCAUUCUUAGACUGUGAUAUUUCCUCCAAUAGUUUUGAAUUCAGGAAAUGGCAUAUACCAUGGAUUGAGCCAUUUUUCAGCAUGUAUACAUAUUUAUAUCAGUCUUGAAAUUGUGAUCAUUUGUGACAAGUUCUUGAAUGAACAUUGUUGACUACAAGUGAACAUGCAUUAUGUAAUGUGUACAUGAAUUUGUCUGAUGUUGGGGAAUGGACUUUGCAUGGACACAGCCCCCGUUAAUUGACUGCAAAUACCAUGUCUCUUACCUGGUCAUUAUAUGCAGUUCUAAAUAAGUUCAAUAAAGCUGAACAAAGCUUA